UUAGCAUCGCAGCCAGGGAGCGGAGACUAGAAGGUUCUGUUCGCGCUGGGUCAGUCGAGUUCUGAGCGGUAUAACGGAAGGAGAUAACCGGUGACUGCGCACUUACCGUAAACACCCGCAAACAUGACCCACUUCAACAAGGGACCGACCUACGGGCUGUCAGCUGAGGUGAAAAACAAGAUUGCUUUGAAAUAUGACCCCCAGGUGGAAGAAGAUCUGCGUCUUUGGAUAGAAGAAGUAACUGGAAAGACAAUUGGUGAAAACUUUCAGCUCGGUUUGAGGGAUGGUGUCAUUCUUUGCACGCUUAUAAACCAACUUCAGCCUGGAGCCGUUAAGAAAAUAAAUGACACAAAACUGAACUGGCAUAAGCUGGAGAACAUUGGUAACUUCAUUAAAGCCAUGCAAGAAUAUGGGAUGAAGCCUCAUGAUAUUUUUGAAGCAAAUGACUUGUUUGAAAAUGGGAACAUGACUCAAGUCCAAUCUUCUUUAGUGUCUUUAGCUGGUCUGGCAAAAACUAAGGGAUUUCACACUACAGUAGAUCUUGGUGUGAAAUAUGCAGAGAAGCAAAGAAGGCAAUUUAAUGACGAUAAAUUAAAAGCUGGACAAAGUGUAAUUGGCUUACAGAUGGGCACCAAUAAAUGCGCAAGUCAGGCUGGUAUGACUGCAUAUGGGACCAGAAGACAUCUUUAUGACCCCAAGAUGCAAACUGAUAAACCAUAUGAUCAGACGACCAUAAGCUUACAGAUGGGAACAAACAAGGGUGCUAGUCAGGCUGGCAUGUCUGCCCCAGGAACACGGAGGGAUAUCUACGAUCAGAAGGGAAUACUACAGCCAUUGGACAACUCUACAAUUUCCUUACAGAUGGGAACCAAUAAAGUAGCCUCACAGAAAGGCAUGAGUGUAUAUGGCCUUGGACGACAAGUUUAUGAUCCAAAAUACUGUGCUGCACCCACUGAACCCAUCAUUCACAAUGGAAGCCAAGGAACUGGAACCAAUGGGUCUGAAAUUAGUGAUAGUGAUUACCAAGCAGAAUACCCAGAAGACUAUCCAGGAGAGUACCCUGAUGACUAUCCAAGAGAUUAUCACGGGCAGUACAGUGACCAAGGCAUAGAUUAUUAGAUCUACACUUUCUGUAUUAGUUUUUUUUAAUUUGUUUUAUUUUAUUAAAUGAAGACCAAGCUAGCCUUGUGAUUUCCCCCCUUUUUAAACAGUCUUCCUAAAACAAUAGUAUGCUUUAAUACUGAAACAAUUUGCCUUACAUUCUUUUCAUUUCUGCCUCCUAUCUCUAGUUGCCUUCUAGUGCUGUAAGAUUGUGUUUUGCAGCAUUGCCGAUAACUGCAUAUGAAGUAAAAGGAAUACUGUGAAUAAUGAAGGGAGCGUGUGUACAGUCACCUGUGCUAUACCAGGACUAUGCAUAUUUGCUAUACAUACUUUUGUGUGCAUGUUAGGAUCCUAAAAUGUUUUUUUUCCAUCUAUAUAUUGGCUGUAGUAACUAAAAUGAUGGUGUAGCAAUGACUGAGCUAAUUAACGUCUUAUGGCCAAAUAGUUUUUGUUACCUGCAGUGUAUUUUAGGUUGAUUCCUUAAACAAGUAUUAACUGUAUUUGUUUUUAUGAGUUAUAUUGGGAGUAUUUAAUCCAGGCCUCCUUACUACUUUAAAUUUGUUGUAAACAACAUCAUAUUAUGGUCACACGCAACUGUAAAAUAAGGGGACCAUCUCCUCAUCUCUUAGGGUUUAGAAUAGGAUUGUGUGUCCUGAGUCUAGUUGCUUGCUAUUGUUUGACUAAAGCUUGAGAAUGUCGUCCGCACUCCAAGUUGGACUUUUUGAAAAGAAAAAAAGUUUGCGUUGGAUGAAGUGCUGAGCACCAAACAAUACAUAAAUAUCAUUCCAUUGUUGCUGCUGUGGCUUUAUUAAAAAGCCUGUGGAUUUGCUCCAAUGUGCUUAAUUUGCCUUUUUAAAAGGGAGUCUGUAUAAAGUUAUAUGACCAUGCAGAUGUUUUUAAAAUGAUGGUGCGUUUGUCUGUGCCAUAUUUUACCCAUUUAGAUGUGCUUAGUUUCUUUUAUGUGUAUUUAUUGUCACUUUUCUCAUCAUAAACUGAUCCCAAUGUAUUUUUAUAAAUAAAUUUUGAUAUUUUUUUUCUCCCUUGGUUGCACAUAAGCUUCUCUUGUGUUCUUGUGCGUGUUUUAUGAAUCAUUAAUGCUUGCCACCAGUUAUUAUAUAUCUAUAUAGCGUUUUUAUUUUAAUGUAAUAAUUAGAAUUCAUAAUUGUAUAGCUUUUUAUAUUAUGUCUGUAAAAGCAGGUACACUGGUGUGUGAUCUAAUGACCUUUUGUGGUAUUUGACGUUGAGGUGAUGAGCUUUACUGCACUCAAAUUUAAAUGUUAGUCUUUCUCGUAACUCACAGUUUAAUUGAUUCAGUCUAUGUACAUUGUCAGCUCAGCAAAUUGCUUUAAGAUGCAAAUGCAAAAUUGUGACUUCAUUCAUAACACAAUGUCUUCUGGUGUAUAGAUUUUUAUUUUUAAUAAACAUUUUUUUUUUUUUUUUACUUUACACCCUAUAGGAUAGACCAUGCAAAAUACUAACCAAAUAUAACUUUCUUUAGUAGCUUCUAGUACAUUGUGCAACUCUACCUAAUGCAUACGUUUUGUGUUCAGAUUGUGUGCAAUUGGACAGUAAAACCCAUAUAUUCAUGCACAAUAAACAUUAUAUGCCAUAGAGUGCACGACUUA